AAGACGUUUGUGCGACGUUAAUAAAUAAUAAAAAUGUUCACGUCAAUCAAACGAUUAUCAUUUUUAUAUAUUUUUGUUUUUUAACAUGUUCCGACGUGGACAACGAACCGUUGUACUUGGAAUCGAUAUGUGUGUAUUUAUAUUCGAAUAAGAAUCAAAUUCACAUUCCUCUACUCAAAGCUGUUCUUUUUAAUAUUUCCCUGUCGUUUGUAUCACAUCAUGCGGUGAACACAAUUCCCGGAUUGCCGUCUGCUACAAAAAAAUUGGUCCAACUGUUGACAUCCAUAGAAAAUGUCGACGUAGUUUUUACUCUCCAUCCGGCACAGUUGUAUUUUAUGUUUGCUUCAAAUUUAAUUCCAGUUAACAUCAAACUGCGACUGGUCAGGUUGUGGAUUAUGAACUUAGAUGACAUAACUUCAAAUGAAAUAGAAAAACUGUGUUUGAACAACUGCGAUUCUAAAUGUUGUUUGCUUGAUGUACUGAUCAACGAAAAAGAUAUGGAUGCCGUCAAAAUGAAUAAAGGUUUUAGUAUAGUUAACAACAUAAUAAUCCAAGAAAGAGACAGUAGCAAAUACGAUACGGUAUUGUUUAUCUGGGACUUGUUGCCUAAGUGUUUGGGUUCUUUCUGUUGUGCCGAAGAACCAACAAUAGGAGAUAACAAUUUAUUAUGCCUCCUCAAUCUGGCCGAAGCUUAUCCUCCUCCUGAAAAACUAGACUGGACGUUAAACGCUCAACGAAAUACUGCCUACACGAUUUCGUCCAUUAUUAAAUGUUAUCAACUAAAAAGUUCGGAACACCAGAAUUUGCUGUCGUCACUUUUACAACACAUCCUUACCAUAAUCAGAUUAUCUUCUGCCGACGCGACGAACACGAUUAAAAACCACAAAGAUUUUCCGUCCAUUCUGGCAGAUUUGUGUUUAUCCGAAAGGAACAGUGUCUGUUCUCUAUCUUUUGAGAUUUUGAUACAAUUAUGUCAAAGACCACAAGCUGAGACCUUGUUGCUGCAUUCCAUCGCGUUACAACACAGACAUAUUUUGACCGCCAUAUGUAGGAUUUGUCACAACUGCGUUGUGUCAUCUCUCACAUUAUUCCAAAUAAUUAUACGAAGCAAAGAAGAAAACGAACGCAACUUCGUCGAGUUGGAGGAAAUACAUGACGUCGAAUUUUUAAAGUCCGUUUUCUUCCAGUUGGAAACUAUUAUAUCGCUGGGAUUGGACUGGGUAUCGGAUCACGCCUGGAAAUGUAUGGAAACGAUGUUGUCUGCCGAUUUUUCGAGCUAUCCACAUCUACAAGAACUGCAAUAUGAUUUCGCCGCUGAUCCAUGGCUUUAUCUUUUAAUUAGAAAUUUCAAAAGUUAUAGCGAAAAUUGUUUAGAGUUUUUAAAAUUUUGGUUCAGACGCUAUGUAUUGAACAACGAAGGAAAAAAAUACAUAGUCCAUGGAAAAUCGAUUUUAUGUACAAGUUUUUUGGAUAAAACGGUAGUACAUAUUUCCAUAACUUUAAUCAAUCAAACAUAUAAAAACGAAAUGGUUAUGAUCAAAGCCAAAGAAAUAAUCCAAUUGAUUGUAAAAUCACUGCAAUAUUACCCGAAGAGUUAUUGUGCAAGAUGAAAACAAUUGUUCAAAAAUAGGUACCUGAUGUUAAUUGUAU